AUGGCUGUCUUCUCACAUGUUACUGUCAUAUAUGCUAGGAUCGGUUUCCUAUUGACGCUCGCGUUCUUCAGUGUCAAGGAUGUGGAGCUCAUAUUAAACCACAACUUCAUCAUCAUCCUAGCGAGAGCGAUGUAUUUGCCAGAAUUGCAUAUUCCACGUCAUAGCGCCCAGUUAGGUAUGGUUUCUGUCCUGUUUUUCCUGUUAGCAGUGAGCGAUCUUCUGCCAUUACUAGAAAAUAACCUUGCGUACUUCGACUCGGUGGUACCGUUCAGACUACUGGCCUUCUUUGUCUUGGCAGGGGUAUCCUACUUGCGUGAGAGUAAUCUCUACUUUCACAACAAUGCCGUGUUUGUCUACUGCUUCUGUGAGAUCAUUAUGCAUUUUAUGAUAUACACUGCUAUCAAAGACGACCAGUCGGUAGUGAAUACACACCGGCUGGCAGACACAACCAAUGCCGAGGAUGAGGCUAGUGAGGACGAGUUAGAGGAGCUCGUUAGUAGCACUGCACACAGCGGCGAUGCUACUAGCGAGUGA